CUGACGCGGAUAUGAAUGACUUCGCGCCGUGAUUGGACAGUAGUAGAACUGCUGAUACUGGAGAACACUGUGUAGCUUCCAUCCGGUGAAUGAGAAGGCAGAGCUGGAAACAUGGUGGACCAUAUAGAUGUACCAACAAUGUCUACAAAGUUGCAGAAUACACUGAUUCAGUACCACAGUCUUCCAGAAGAUGAGUGGAGUGUCGCUAAAAAAUCAAGUGAUGUCACAGUGUGGCGAAAACCGUCUGAGGAAUUUGGAGGCUGCCUCUACAAGGUUGAAGGUGUUGUGCAAGAUGUUACAAACAAAAUUGUUGACUAUAUCCGACCCGGACCAUACAGGCUGCAGUGGGACAGCUUAAUGACUACAAUGGAAAUAAUCAAGGAUCUAGAACAGAGUUGCUGCGUGAUGCAAUACAUGACUGCUGGACAACUCCUGAACAUUAUUUCCCCAAGAGAGUUCAUUGACUUCUCCUACACCACCAGCUACGAAAAUGGACUUUUAACCUGUGGUGUCAGCAUUGAACAUGAAAAUGCCCGUCCACAUUGUGUCCGUGGCUUCAAUCACCCUUGUGGUUGGUUUUGUGUGCCUCUACAGAGCUGCCCGGAGCACAGCUUUCUGACAGGUUACAUACAGACGGAUCUGAGGGGGAUGCUUCCACAGAGCACUGUUGACUUUGCUAUGGCGGGUUCCCUUGUAAAUUUCUAUAGUGACCUCAGGAAAGCGUUAAAGAAGUCAUAGAGCUUAUAGGAAAACAGUCAUUGCAUAUUUGGGAUCAAACACUGUUUUCCUUAUGAGACUAUGACUAUAACAAGUAACAAGGCCUUUUGCAGACAGUUGCUCCUGUAGAUGUUCAGUCACAUACAGUAAUAGAACAAUGUUUCCCUGAUACUUGGUGCUCACAGUAUAUCUAAAUAACAGCAACUGUAUACACACCUCAUACACCUGUCCAAUACAGACUUCAUAUGCUGGGCAACUCUAUACACACACCUCAAACACUAUAGGGCAGCUUCACACUGCCCCACUGCAUUUGGCCACAACGUGGGUGUAGCACAGUGUACCUGCGUUUUUGAUGUCAUAGACUUCCAUUAGGUCCCAUGGUUUUUGGUGCGGUUUAUGACUACUGCAGGCAAAGCGCAGCGGCUCAGUGUGAAGCCACCUAUGCUGCUCUAUACACAUGUCAUACCCCAGACUGUUCAAUACAAACCUCAUACAGCAGGCUGUUCAACACACACAAUUUACUUCAGGUUAUCUCAAUUCGUAACUCAUACACCAGACAAAUGUACAGUAUACACACCCUUUACAUCAGGCAGCUCCCUACACCCCAUGUACACCAGGUUAUCUCAAUUUUACCUCAUACACAAGACAGAUGUACAAUAUACACACCCUUUACACCAGGCAGCUCUCUUCACCCCUCAGACACCAGAUGUACAGUAUACACACCCAUUACAUCAUGCACCUCUUUACACUCCAUUUACACCAGGUUAUCUCUGUUUGUACCUCAUACACCAGACAGAUGUACAGUAUACACACCCGUUACACCAGGCAGCUCUUUGCACACCUCAUACACCAGACAGCUGUACAGUGUACGCACCAUUUACACCAUGCAGCUCUUUACACCCUAUUUACACCAGCCUUUCUCAAUUUGUACCUCAUACACCAGACCGUUCAAUACUAGCCUCAUACACUCCCUUUGGCGUUUGUGUUUUUAGAUUUUAUCUUAUAUUAGGUCUUCAAAAUAGCAAGCUAUAUUUAGGUGAAGAAAAAUAUAUAUAUUUAAUGGUAUAUACUAUUUAGCUGGCUGAAAUGUAUUUUUAUAGUUGCACAUGCUGCUUUGCACACCUAGCUAAAAAAUAUUGUACUAAAUACAUUACUUGAAAUUCUACUGUCAAUCUAAAAUGACAAGGAUAUGCAGUAUACAGUAAUGCAUUCAGAUCUGACUACAUGGUCAGUUUUAAAAUGUGAAAAUGCAGAUAGCUAUUUUUGGCCUAGUGAUUUUAUAAGAUGGACAGCCAGUCCUUGAGAGUGCUUUAUUUAUAUUUUCCAGGCCUGGUGAUUGUUAUUCAUAACAUUUCACAGUGAUACAACAGGUUCUUAGGCCACAUACUCAAAAGUGUUUUUCACUUCACCCACCCCCCUUCUUGCCCUUAGGGUUUUCAGAACAGUAUAUACAGUUCAUCAUGUAACAGUUAUAUACAGUAUAUAUUACAUUUAUGUUAAUGCUCAAUGGCCCUUUGGUAGUUGCUAGGCACCUUAACAGAUUGUGAGUUGUACCUGUUGGCAGGGCUAAGCCUAGGCAAGAGGGGCACCCACCUUAGAUGCCAUGCUGUGGCUGGCACCAUAGCCUUAGGUGUCAGAGGAUUUUGUCUUGGUGCCCUGUCGAGAAAUGCCCCCUAUCGAAAAAUGCUCUCAACAGAACACACUACCUGCUGGUCACCAAAGUGUCAGUGAGCAUUGACAAGUCCAUUUCUGAAGGCUCAGGGGUCAGUUGCUGCGAGGAUCACUUGUGAAUUUUAAUGCUUAGCACAAAGAAAGAAUGCACACUCAUGGGACACUGGUCCACUACUUAAAAUUGCUACUGUCAUUGUUUAUAUGCUUGGUAUGCUUUAUAAAUAAUUUUACAUAACUGAUAUUUAGGAAUAAAAUUAUAAUGCAUUGCAGCUUAUCAGUCCUUAGAUGUAGUGUACUUUUUCUGGACAGAAAUAUUGUCUCCUUUUAUCUUCCUGUGCACUGAACUAAAAUAUCAAACAGUCCUACCGGCCGUCCCAGCUAUCUUCUGUGAACUACACAACACCUGCUGUCUAUGUAAUAGAGAUGAGGCGAGAGGGUGGUGUUUUUAGUUCAAAUCAGCAAAGCAGAUCAUGUUGACACCUCAUCUAAGAAAUGGAAAGCUGCAUAUAUUAAAUGUUUGUUUUAGAUGUUUAGAUGUGUUUUAUUCCCAACAUUUUUUUCUAUCAAUUGAUUAUGCUUUCAAAUGUUUACAUUCCUCCAGUUUGAUGCUGUAAGCAUUUUACUCACAGUGUUAGCUACUGUAGUGUCUGAUAUUUUAUAUUUACUUUCUUCAAUUUUUUUCUUUUAUUUAAUGAGUAAAAGCAGACAUAACUGAAAGUAACCCCCUACCUCACACCACCACCAUACUUGUAAAAAGAAGUGCUAAAAUACUUUCUUCGACAAGUACUCCAUCUAAUGAACACUGCUUGCAUGACCUCUGCUAAGUACACUGCCUGCAGCACUGAUGGACCCUGGUCACAUAAGACCUUUGCUAAGAGGGGGGCCUGCAGCACUUUUUUGACACUGGCCGCUUGACCUUUGCUAACUUGGGGGCUUGCAGCACUUCUGAUGCUGGUCACUUGACCUCUGCUAAGUAGGGUGCCUGCAGCACUGAUGGCACCUUGCCACGUGAUCUUUGCUAAGUUGGGAGUAUUCACCACUUCUGAUGCUGGUCACAUGACCUCUGCUAAGUUGGGAGCGUGCAGUACUUCUAAUGCUGGUCACAUGACCUUUGCUAAGUUGGGAGAUUUCAGCACUUCUGACGCUGGUCACAUGAUCUCUUCUAAGUUGGGAGCUUGUAGCACUUCUGAUGCUGGUCAUGCUAAUUUGGGAGCUUGCAGUACUUCUAACCCUGGUCACAUGACAUCUGCUAAGUUUGGAGCUUUUAGCCCUUCUGACGCUUGUCACAUGAUCCCUGCUAAGUAGGGUGCCUGCAGCACUGAUGGCACUGGCCUCAUGACCUUUGCUAAGUUGGGAGUUUUCAGCACUUCUGACGCUGGUCACAUGACUUCUGCUAAGUUGGGAGCUUGUAGUACUUUUAACGCUGGUCACAUGACCUUUGCUAAGUUGAGAGCUUUUUGCACUUCUAAUACUGGUCAUCUGACCUCCUGUUAAUUUGCGAGCUUUUAGCACUUCUGAUACUGGUCACAUGACCUCUGCUAAGUAGGGUGCUUGCAAUACUGAUGGAAACUCGUCACAUCACCUCUCCUAAGUAAUGUGCCUUCAGUACUGCUUUCUGUUUGAAAAGAAAUUGUUGGAGCACUUCUAUUACAGCUAAGGUAGAAACCAAGAUGGCCAAGGUAGGGAGAAUGUUAUUUUUUUAUGCCUAUUUUCAUUUUAUUUAAAGCCAUCAAUUUUACCUCCUAUUCACUUGCAAUUUUACAAAUCUCAGAGAUUAUUUUAUAUGAUGCUAAUUUAUUAUACAAGUACUGUAAGGGCCUGUUCACAGUAGAAUGCCAUGCGGAAAACUCGCAUUUCGUGCUGGUUUCCCGAACCACAUUCAAAUCACAUUGCCCUUGCAAUCUGCAGCUUGUGUUAGUGCAAAAUAAAUGAUGCACAAAAUGCAGGUUACAAAUUCAGUGCAUUUGCCCACACUGGAUUGUAUGGUACAAAUGUACCACGUGAUCCGGUGGCAGUGUGUUUCCAAACGUAGUGCAUGCACUACUUUCUGUGCAGUGCGAUUUCAGCCCAUUCAAAUUGAAUGGUCUGAAAUUACACUGCUCAGAACUGCAUGUGAAUCGCCCAGGAACACGCAGCGCGAUCCUGUGCACUUCACAUGCAGUUCCUAGUGUAAAUGGGCCCUAAGGCGAUUUAAAUAACAAUAUUACUAUAAAAAAAACUGUUCGUUCUUUACCAGUGGUAUUCCAGUGCUGGCUUCUGUGUGAGACCACUUGUUUCAAGUUGACUUGCAGUAUAAGUGUGUUGUAUGUAGAUAACUAUGUAUAUGAAACUUUUGCCUGUUGGGAUGAAUCCAGAAAAGGGCUUUGUUACCAUAAUCUCAAUGUGGUAUUAUUAGGGAGGCUCCUAUAGGUGUCAUUCCUCAUCAUGCUCUUAAGGGAAUUUGCUUGCUAAUUGUGAUACUAUCAGUAGUAAGAUCUUUCCAAAAGUGUAUAGACUGUUAUAUUUAAGAUGCGCCCCCCAAACCGUUCCAAGUCUACAGGGCAGCGGUGUAUUUAGGACUCCAGGCGAACAAUAUCUAUAAAAAGGUGUGCAAUGCCCAGAUAUGGGUAAAUUUAGAUGGAUUAAAGUUGAUUUUUAUAUAAUACUUUUGGAUACUACGAAGGAUAAUUGUAGUGUAGUGUGCCCAUUACUAUAUUAUUGAGAAAAAAAAAUCCAUAAUAUUAAUACACGUGAACGGUUUUAUAAUUCUGUUCAGCCAGUGUUGUGAGCCAGGCACCCCUGCUAGAUAGCCGGGCCCUGGCCCUUUACUGUGAACUACACUGUACAGUCAGGCCCAAGGCUCUCCAGUUCGCUGACUGGACAUCAAAGAAGCAAAAGCACACUGAGGUUAUCUCUCUCUUCUCCCUUCAUGUUCAGAGGAUUUGUUUAGCAACACUGUACACAGCAGUAGAACCUGUUUGGCACAGAAAGCUGACCCUCUGUCUCCCAGUCUGAAUCCUGCUGUGCAUACGAUUACAAUAGGCUUUUUUAUCUAUUACGCUUUGUGUGCAGUUACUUGUUUAUUUUAUCUUAAUGAGCUUGCUCAACGUUAUUGUAUAUCAAUAAAUAUCCAUAAAAAAAUGUUUUAUUAUGUAUUAAAUUGUGCUAUAAUUUAUCUAUUAUUUAAUUUAAUGCUAUUGUUAUAUAAAUGUAAUACUUGUAUUUUGUCAUGUCUUUUACUCAAUAAAUUAGCAUACCAUAGUAAGAUUAAAUUAA